AUGAACAGUCUAGGGCUAUCCUUUUCUGAUGAUUUAUUAUAAACUGAACUUGGACAGGGUGCAGGGAAACUGUGGGAUAUGCCAAAAGCACAAUAGUUGGGAGCAGGGGCGGACUGACAACUCAUGGGGCCCCCGGGCAAUAGAAGAUCAUGGGGCCCCUGUGUCCUUGCCCAAACUCAAAAAAGCCUUUGAAAAAGGUACCAGGGGCAUCUCAUACGGCCCCCUACUGCCCCCGGGCCCUCGGGCAGUGUCCGAGUUUCCAAAUGGUCAGUCCGCCCCUGGUUGGGAGUACUCA